AUGCUGAAGUCGGUGCACAGUCUCAGCACCAGCCUGGGCCUUCAUCCGGUGACCUGGCUGGAUUGGGUCUAUGGGAACACGACCGUCUUUCGCUUUCCCGGCACCGAAGGCCACGUGGCCCUCACAAUUGAUGAUGGCCUUUGUCGUAACGGGGCUUCCAGCUCGAUGAUUGCGGAGGUAAGGCAGCUUCUGAAGGAACAUGGUGCCAAAGCGACAUUUUUCCUUUGCUCCGACUAUGUGAACGGAUUUGAAGAUGAUGCAAAAGAGCUUUUGGCAGAUGGUCACGAGUUCGCCAACCACUGCCCUUCGGACGGGGUGGACUACUACAACAUGUUGCCGGAGCAAUUCGAAACGGAACUGCUGAAGACCUCUCAGAAGAUUCAGGAGGUGAGUGGGAAAGUUCCCCGCUGGUUCCGUGCACCUCAAGGAAGGUACUCUGGCACCAUGCAUGGGGCCGUAUCGAAGCACGGCAUGCACCACGCCCUGGGCGACUGCUACUGCGACGACUGGGCCGUUGAGGAUGCCGAUUGGGUGGCUCGCACGAUGCUGGCACAGGUUCGCAGCGGUUCCGUCCUGAUCGCGCAUAUGCCAGAGCGAGGCUUUCGGGAACACAUAUUCCAGGCCCUGAAACUGAUUCUGGAAGGAUUGCGGCAGCGCGGCCUGGCGGUGGUCACGCUCAGUGCCUUGGAGGCCCAGCAGGCCAUUCCCGUGCCCCGGGCAGUGGCAAAGCAUCCUCCAGAGCGAGGUUAUGCUGUCAUCAGCCACCACAACUUUGGCAUGGUCGAUGGUGUUGUGUUCAACACGCGGGAUGAGGCCAUGCAUCAUUGGCACCGUCUCUCGAUGUUCUCCGCUCACAUGCUUCUGGGCCCUGACGGCAAGGAGAUCAAGUACUAUGGUAAGCGCAGCGGCAGAGACGAUGAGAUGCUGCGGUGGUGGGAGGAUCAUGCAGGAUCAUAG